GUAAAGCGACGCUCUCAAAAGAAAUUUUUUCUUUUCUUUGAGAGGAAACGUAACGUGCUAUUUUGUUCCCUUCCGCCAAUCAAAUUUUCGUAUGCUUUAGCAUCCUGAUUGGCUGAUUCACACUUCAAAUGCGUUCCCUUCUCUUUAAACCGGUUAUUCACGACUCUUUCCAUAUUCGUUCCCAAUUCCUAAACGUUCCCGCGGGUUCUCCGUCGACUCCCAACCAGAGAUUUUGCCAUCGGAUUACGUGUCGAAGCAUGUCUUGCUCCUCCUCCUCCCAAACCUCUUUCCCAACUCUCCGGACCGUUACCAUAUCUUAUUCUGAACUCACGGACAAGGAUGCUGACCUGUCAAUGAAAAUUGAAGAAGGAUUUGGACCGAAUGGACUGGGAAUUCUAUCAAUUACAGAUGUUCCAGGAUUUACUACAUUGCGUCGAAAUCUUCUAGACCUUGCUCCUAGAUUAGCUAGCCUGCCUGAAGAAGUGAAGAAGGAACUUGAGGAUCCUCAGAGUAGGUACAGCUUUGGAUGGAGUCAUGGGAAAGAGCAGAUUGAAUCUGGGAAACAAGAUCUGCUGAAAGGUUCAUUCUAUGCAAAUCCACUAAUUGAUGUGCCAACAACUGAUACAUACUUGAUUGAGAGGCAUCCAUCAUAUUGUAGAGCAAAUAUAUGGCCUCAGGCUGCAUUGCCAGAACUUGAAGUGGCUUUCAAAGCUAUGGGAAAGCUGAUCUUUGAUGUUGGUUUGAUGGUCAUAUAUCACUGUGAUCAAUAUGCAUCUAGGGCGAUGAAAAUGCAAAAGGAUGAAGGCCUUAAAGAAGUACUUCUUCGCUCUCGCUGUCACAAAGGCCGUUUGCUUUAUUACUUUCCAGCACACUUGAGUGAUCAUGAAAAAGAUGGUGACUCCACUUCAUCUUGGUGUGGAUGGCAUACAGACUUUGCCUCACUGACAGGUCUGACUUGUGGCAUGUUUAAGAGGGAUGGUGUAGAAGUAUCUUUCCCUGAUAGUGCUGCUGGCCUUUAUAUAAGAACACGGACAGGUGAAAUUGUCAAAGCCAUUUUUGGAGAAGAUGAAAUAGCAUACCAAAUUGGUGAGACUACUGAAAUUCUUUCUCAAGGUUAUCUUUGUGCAACGCCUCACUGUGUUCGGGCACCAAAAGGAAAGGAGGCUUCUGGUGUUGACCGAUCAACAUUUGCAUUAUUUAUGCAACCUGAUUGGGAUGAAAAGCUCAACUUCCCUGAGCAGGUUCAUAUUCAUAAAGAGCUGAUACCAUCAAAGGGCACUCUCACAUUUGGGGAGUAUUCUGAGAUGCUCCUUGACAAAUAUUACAAGAAAACAUGAAGACCCUGUAUACUCUCAUCUACCAGCUUUAAUUUUUAUUGUAUCUCCUAAUGCUAGGUAGGCUUAAUAAUAACAAUAAUCCAGAAAGCUUCAUCUUCAUUUCAUAAGAACGAAACAGCUCAAUAGCUCUCUGGUGCAAUUCGAUGUUGAUUGUCAUCAACCAAUAAAAUUAAAUAGGUAAUGGUUGACCAAGGUCUUCUUUUUUUUUAUUUUUUGUUUUGUCUGUUCGGCUCGGACUGGGACACUGUAAUUUGGGCCAUAGAGCAUGAUCCCAUUGGCCAUUGAUAGUAAUAUUUUCUGUUGUUCAAAGAAAAAAUGCCAAGCCUUUAAGUCA